UACGCAUGAUGGCCGACAUGGAGCGAGUCGAGCGGGAGCUGCUGGUUGACCCAGCUUUUUUCACCGCCCUGCCAAGUCGCCUACCAGGGUUAGUCGAGCACGUCGAGAUUCUGCCCAAGAAGAUGAAAGCGACCAACGAGCUGAGCUGCUAUCGAUACGCAGUUGUGGUCUAUGUCAGGGCCCGAGGCCAGCCAGGGCAGGACAUUCACUACAUUAAACAAGACAAAUGGAUUAACUUUGCAGAGCGCAAACUAGACCGCCAGUCCCUCCUAGAGCAGUUGCACAGUUCCUCCGCUUUAUCUCUCAUUACAGUGAGCAACAUCCCUUACAGCAAGACUAUUGUAAGCCGCUGCCUUCUCGCCUCGCUGGACAAUGCGGCAUCAGAGACAACAGCUCAGCAGGACUGGCUUUCCUCUGUGCACAAGGAAGCACAGCAUGUCCCCGCCCUUUCAGCGACUGACUUGGUAGACCUUGCUGAAGAAGCCGGCUACCAGGUUGAGAUCAGCUGGAGUAGGCAGCACUUGUGGAAAGGUGGUCUGGACGCCAUCUUUCACCGGUAUAAGCCCCAGCAUGGAGGGAAGAGGGUGAUGUUCCGAUUCCCUAACGAUGACGCGGAUCGACCGCUGCACAGUCUCACCAGCAGGCCGUUACAGCACCAAUUCCUGCAGAAAACCCAACAGCAGUUGCAGGAGAUGCUUGAGGCCCAGCUUCCUACGUACAUGGUUCCUCAGAGCAUUACUGUCCUGGAGUCAAUGCCAAUCAACCACAACGGCAAAGUCGACCGCAAGAUGCUCGCGCAACAAAAGCAAAAAGUAACAUUUAAUCAAGAGAUUGAGCGCCCGCAGGAACUGUCAACGACACAACGCAGGAUGCAACAAUUGUGGGCUAGCGUGCUGGGUAUCGAAGCGCAGAGAAUUAGCCUAGAUGACAGCUUCUUCCGCCUUGGCGGCGACUCGAUCGCGGCCAUGAAGCUGGUCAGUGAAGCUCGUAGGAUGGAGAUGCAGCUCAGCGUUGCAGACAUCUUCCGUAAUCCUACACUCGCGGACCUGGCUGCCUUAGACUACAGCCACAGUGGCAGUACUGCCGAAGACAUCCUUCCAUUUUCUCUACUAGGCGAAGAGGUGGACGUGGCCAGAGUCCGCGAAGAAGCGGCCGUCAGCUGCAGCGUUGAUGUCGGCCUCGUCGAGGACUUAUACCCAUGCUCGCCGUUGCAGGAAGGGCUAGUGUCGCUGACAUCCAAGCGAGCAGGCGACUACAUCAUGCAGGGCGUCCUAGAGCUGCGGGCUGAGAUGGACGAAGAGGCUUUCCGAGCUGCCUGGGAGCACAUCUUCCGCUCAAUGGCAGUGUUGCGUACGCGGAUCGUGCAGAACAGCAAUCUUGGCUUGCUACAGGCUGUGAUAUCAGAGGACAUCCAGUGGCUCAAGGCAGAAGGUCUUGAGGAGUACCUUGAGAAAGACAAGUCAGUGUCCAUGGGGCUCGGUGAUCCCUUGACGCGCUACGCCAUUGUCACCGAAGCGAAAGGAGAGAAGCGCUGGGUGGUGUGGACAGUUCACCACGCGUUGUACGACGGCUGGUCACUGCCUCGAAUCGUAGAUGCGGUAACCAAGGCGUACACCAACGGCAUGGUAGAACAGCAACCUGGUUUUCACGCUUUUAUCAAGUAUCUCAACCAGCAAGACCGGGAGGUCGCAGUGCUGUACUGGAAGAACGCUCUCCAUGACUGCCAGGGGGCACUGUUUCCCCCGCUGCCGUCAGCAGUGCAGCAGCCUGUUGCGGAUGCUAUGAUGGACUAUCAAUGCCCUCCACUUCCCAAAGCACCCUCUGACACGACGACAUCAACGCUUGUCCGCGCCGCCUGGGCCAUCAUCACCAGCCGAUACACGAAUUCGGAUGAUGUGGUGUUCGGCACUACAGUCACUGGACGCAAUGCCCCUGUUGCUGGCAUUGAAGCCAUGAUUGGGCCUACUAUCGCAACGGUACCGGUGCGAGUGCAAGUGGCAGGCGAUCAGUCUGUAUCCGCCUUCCUUCAGAGGUUGCAGCAGCAGGCGACGGACAUGAUCCCAUAUGAGCAGACGGGACUGCAACGGAUUGCCAAGAUGUCGGCAGGUGCGCAGCAUGCCUGCCGCUUCCAGACGCUGCUGGUUGUGCAGCCUACAAGCGAUGCUCCUGGCAGCGAUCGGGUACUAGGAGAGUGGCGUGGUCGCUCCGAGCUGCGGGACUUCUCGACUUAUGGGCUAAUGCUGCAGUGCACGCUUGCGGCAGACGGGAUACGCAUCACAGCUAGCUUCGACAGGCGGGUAGUGGAGGAGUGGCUUGUCAAGAAGAUAUUGUGCCAGUUCAGCUUCAUCAUGGAACAGUUGGCCAGAGCACAGCCGGAAGCCAAGGUAGCUGAAAUGGACCCGCUCACGCCUGAGGAGAGAACGGAGCUGUGGGCGUGGAACUGCGAAACGCCAGCAGCGGUCGAACGGUGCAUUCACGAUCUGUUCACAGAGGAGGCAAGGACGCGGCCCGAUGCGCCUGCCGUCUGUGCGUGGGAUGGCGAGCUGACAUACGGCGAGCUGGAUGCGUUGUCCACCCGACUGGCAAGCCACCUCGUAGGGUUGGGUGUCAAGCUAGAAGACAUUGUCCCGCUGUGCUUCGAGAAGUCCAUGUGGACCGUGGUCGCGAUGCUGGCGGUACUCAAGGCCGGUGGAGCAUUUGUAUCGCUGGAUCCAAGCCAUCCCGUCAGCCGCCACGAAGAGAUCUUCAAGCAGACAAGGGCUACAGUAGUACUCGCAUCAACACAAUGCUCCAUGCUUUGGAAAUCUACAGGCCCUGCUGUCUUCUCAGUCAGCAAAUCAGCCAUAAAUAAGCUGCCUUUACAGAGCGACGAAAUUCAUGCUACAGUAACAGCCAAAAAUGCUGCGUAUGUCAUCUUCACAUCUGGCAGUACUGGAAUACCCAAGGGCGUUGUCCUGGAGCACAGAGCGCUCUCUACGAGUUCCUUGGGCCACGGCAAAGCGUUGGGAUUCACUCCGUAUACUCGAGCUCUUCAGUUCGCCUCGUACACCUUCGAUGCUUGCAUCGCCGAGAUUAUUACUACACUGGUCUUUGGGGGAUGUGUGUGCGUCCCUUCGGAGGAUGACCGUCGCAACAAUUUAGCCAAGACUAUCAAUGCCAUGGAUGUGAACUGGGCGUUGCUUACUCCAUCUGUGGCACGAUUACUAGAACCACAAUCCAUUCUGACGCUCACGACGUUGCUCCUCGGAGGUGAAGCCGUCAGCUACGGAGAUCGUCUCAGAUGGCCAGAUCUGAAGCUUGCGAGUGCGUAUGGCCCUGCUGAGUGCUGCAUUAUGUGCACUGCGCAUAUGGUCAGCCAAGACUACGUAUCGGGCACUAUUGGAAAAUCUAUCGCCUCCGUAAGUUGGGUAGUAGACCAAAAAGACCACAACAGACUGGCCCCCAUAGGGUCGAUUGGAGAGCUCCUGAUUGAAGGGCCGAUCCUUGCGCGAUGCUAUCUCGAUGAUGCGGAGAAGACGACGGCGGCUUUUGUCAACGAUCCCGCCUGGCUGCUGGAGGGCGGGGUAGGCCAUCCUGGGAGGCAAGGCAGGAUGUACAAGACGGGAGACUUGGUCUACUACGGACCUGACGGUAGUCUCGUCUAUGUAGGCCGCAAAGACGAGCAAGUCAAGGUGCGAGGCCAGCGAGUCGAGCUCGGCGAGAUUGAACACCACCUGCGAGAGUGCAUGCCUGAGGCCAAGCUGACGACAGUGGAGGUCAUCUUCCUCAAGGGCCAGAAUCAAAAUGCGAUGCUGGCUGCCUUCCUGCAGUUAGACGUUGAGAUGGAGAGUGCACUUUUGACGGACAAGGAAACUGAGACUAGUUCGCUGGCGCGCGUCAUCUUACCGGUGGAAGCACAGAAGCUGGCGGACCGGCUGCCGAGCUACAUGGUACCGGACGUGUACUUCGCCGUUGCACAGCUGCCGAUGACGGUGUCCGGAAAGACGGACAGGAAACGACUGCGGGAGAUCGGGGGGUCGUUCUCAGCCCAGCAGCUGGCGGAGAUGCGGACAUCAAGUCAGGGACCGAAACGACUGCCAUCGACCGAGGCAGAGAAGGCGAUGCAGCAGCUGUGGGUGCGGGUGCUGGGAAUUGAGUCGGAGAGUAUUGGUCUGGACGACAGCUUCUUCCGCCUUGGUGGUGACUCGAUCGAAGCCAUGAAGCUAGUCGGCGAAGCUCGCAGGAUGGAGAUGCAGCUCAGUGUUGCAGACAUCUUCCGUAAUCCUACACUCGCGGACCUGGCUGCCUUAGACUGCAGCCACAGUGGCAGUACUGCCGAAGACAUCCUUCCCUUUUCUCUACUAGGCGAAGAGGUGGACGUGGCCAGCGUCCGCGAAGAAGCGGCCGUCAGCUGCAGCGUUGACGUUGGCCUCGUUGAGGACUUGUACCCAUGCUCGCCGCUGCAGGAAGGGCUGGUGUCGCUGACAUCCAAGCGAGCAGGCGACUACAUCAUGCAGGGCGUCCUAGAGAUGAGGGCUGAGAUUGACGAAGAGGCUUUCCGAGCUUCCUGGGAGCACGUCUUCCGCUCAAUGGCAGUGUUGCGUACGCGGAUCGUGCAGAACAGCAAUCUUGGCUUGCUACAGGCUGUGAUAUCAGAGGACAUCCAGUGGCUCAAGGCAGAAGGUCUUGAGGAGUACCUUGAGAAAGACAAGUCAGUGUCCAUGGGGCUCGGUGAUCCCUUGACGCGCUACGCCAUUGUCACCGAAGCGAAAGGAGAGAAUCGCUGGGUGGUGUGGACAGUUCACCACGCGUUGUACGACGGCUGGUCACUGCCUCGAAUCAUGAAUGCGGUAACCAAGGCGUACACAGACGGCAUGGUAGAACAGCUGCCUGGUUUUCACGCCUUCAUCAAGUAUCUCACCCAGCAAGACCAGGAGGUCGCGGCGCUGUAUUGGAAGGACGCUCUCCAUGACUGCCAGGCGACACUAUUUCCCCCGCUGCCGUCAGCAGUGCAGCAGCCUGUUGCGGAUGCUAUGAUGGACUACCAAUGCCCUCCGCUGCCCAAAGCACCCUCUGACACGACGACAUCGACGCUUGUCCGCGCCGCCUGGGCUAUCAUCGCUAGUCGAUAUACUAACUCGGAUGAUGUGGUGUUCGGCACUACAGUCACUGGACGCAAUGCCCCUGUUGCUGGCAUUGAAGCCAUGAUUGGGCCUACUAUCGCAACGGUACCGGUGCGAGUGCGAGUGGCAGGCGAUCAGACUGUAUCUGCCUUUCUCCAGAGAUUGCAGCAGCAGGCGACGGACAUGAUCCCGUACGAGCAGACGGGACUGCAACGGAUUGCCAAGAUGUCGGCAGGUGCGCAGCAUGCCUGCCGCUUCCAGACUCUGCUGGCUGUGCAGCCUGCAAGUGAUGCUCCUGGCAGCGAUCGGGUACUAGGAGAGUGGCGUGGCCGCUCUGAGCUACAGGACUUCUCGACUUAUGGGCUAAUGCUGCAGUGCACGCUAGCAGCAGACGGGAUACGCAUCACAGCAAGCUUUGACAAGCGGGUAGUGGAGGAGUGGCUGGUCAAGAAGAUAUUGAGCCAGUUCAGCUUCAUCAUGCAACAGUUGGCCAGAGCACAACUUGAAGACAAGGUGGCUGACAUGGACCCGCUCACUCCUGAGGAGAGAACAGAGCUAUGGGUGUGGAACCGCGAAACGCCAGCAGCGGUCGAACGGUGCAUUCACGACCUGUUCGCAGAGCAGGUCCGGGAUCAGCCCGAUGCGCCCGCCAUCUGCUCGUGGGACGGCGAGAUGACAUACAGCGAGCUGGAUGCGCUGUCCACUCGACUGGCUAGCCAUCUUGUUGGGCUCGGUGUCAAGUCAGAAGACAUUGUGCCACUGUGCUUUGAGAAGUCCAUGUGGACCGUGGUUGCGAUGCUAGCGGUGCUCAAGGCGGGCGGAGCAUUUCUCCUUCUUGAUUCAUCUUUGCCCCACGAACGUCUCAAGUUGAUGUGUAGCAGAGUGGCUAGUACACUUGCCCUGGCAUCUCAAGCCGCGGCACCGGCUGUGGAAAGUUUGGUCAGAGCUGUCGUGAUUGUCAAUGAAGAUUCAAUAGCGCCUCUCGUUCGACACGCUUCUCAGACCGCCAUAGUACAGCCUACAGAUACGGCCUAUGUUAUCUUUACCUCUGGAAGCACGGGAGAACCAAAGGGAUGCAGAAUUGAGCAUCGGUCAGCGUGCUCCGCUAUGGUACACCACGGCCGACACGUUGGAAUGCACCACAAGACUCGUACGCUCCAGUUUGGAUCAUAUUCUUUUGCUGGGUCGUUGGCCGAAAUUCUUCUAUCUCUUACCUAUGGAGGCUGUGUCUGCAUCCCGACAGACGAGGAGAGGGCCAGUAAUCUAGCCUCAUCUAUCUCUAGGAUGAAAAUCAACUGGGCAUUCCUUACUUCAACUGCCCUGGCUCUCCUUAGCCCUGAGGCAGUCCCAUCAUUAACUACUCUAUGCGUAGGCGGAGAACCAAUACGCAUCUCUCAAAUAGCACAAUGGGAAGCCUCGGUGUACCUGCGGCAAACAUAUGGAAGUAGCGAGACAUCUGGUUUUGUCUCAUCAAUAAGACUGAAUAGUACGUCCUCGACUAGGGAUGUAGGCCGAGCCAGCACGGGUAUUUACUGGAUUGUGGAUCCGAAUGACCACAGCAAGCUUGCUCCAAUAGGAGCUAUUGGCGAGGUGCUUAUUGAAGGAGCCAUACUUGGCCGGGAGUACAUGGACCAGCCAGACAAGACAGCCGCUACUUUCAUUAAGGCUCCAGCGUGGAGAGGCUCCUUUGGAGCAAAUUUAAGUCACCCACGUCUCUACAAGACAGGAGACCUGGCGAGAUACAAGCAAGACGGGUCAAUUGAACUGCUUGGGCGAAAGGACAACCAAGUGAAGCUGCGCGGGCAGCGUAUUGAACUAGAGGAGAUAGAGCAUCAAGCCCAGCUUGCGAGCACGGAUGUGAAGCAGAUUGCAGUCGGGCUUAUCCGACCUAAGGAGGACGAAGAUGGUAUGCUGGCCUGUUUCAUAGUCGACGAUAGCACAGAUCGCCCAGCCCACGAGGAUGAAGAACACGCUACGCCACCAACGCAUACACAGAGCGUCAUACAAGCAAUACAGGCUAGGCUAGAGCAAUGGCUACCACAGUACAUGGUACCCUCCGUAUUCAUUCCGGUACUAGGUUUGCCGGCGACCUCAUCAGGGAAGAUUGACAGGAAGCGAUUGCAGGAGAUUGGAGCCUCGUUCUCGGCCCAACAGCUAGCAAAGAUGCGGGCAUUAAGCCAAGGGCCAAAGCGGCUGCCAUCGACGCAGACGGAGCAAACAAUGCAGCAGCUGUGGGCGCAGGCGCUGCACAUCAAGCCCCAGAGUAUUGGCCUGGACGAUAGCUUCUUCCGCCUCGGCGGCGACUCGAUCGCGGCCAUGAAGCUAGUCGGCGAAGCUCGAAGGAUGGGAAUGCACCUGAGCGUGGCUGACAUAUUCCGCACUCCGCGGCUGGAUCAGUUGGCCUCUGCAGCCACUGCUUCAACUCACAACUCCCUUACCACAAUCCCGCACGAUGAUCAUGUUAGGCCCGUAGAGCCAUCGUUUGCGCAAGGCCGACUAUGGUUCUUAGAGCAACUGUAUCCUGGCUUGAACUGGUACCUCGUGCCGUUCGCUGUGCGCAUCAGGGGCCCGCUUCAUCUGGCAGCGCUCAACGCCGCCGUUAAUGCAAUCGAGAGUCGCCACGAGACGCUCCGAACAACCUUCGCUACUAAUGGUGGUGUCAGUGUGCAGAUAGUUCAGCCCUUCCACCCCAAAGAACUCAACGUCGUCGACAUUCUCCCAGACAAUCAACUGGGUCUUGCAGAUGCCGUGCAGCAGGACCAGACAACUCCCUUCGACCUGCGCACUGAGCCCGGAUGGAGAGUAUCAGUCUACCGGGCCAACGAGCAUGAUCAUGCACUGUCCAUUGUCAUGCAUCACAUCGUCUCCGACGGCUGGUCUGUCGAUGUGCUUAUGCAUGAACUGGCUGCGUUCUACUCCGCCGCGAUGCGCAGCCAGGACCCGCUAUCCCACGUGCAACCUCUGCCCAUCCAGUACCGAGACUUCUCUGUGUGGCAGAGGCAACAAUCCCAGGUCGACGAGCACCAGAGACAGCUUAGCUACUGGCUGACCCAGCUCCAGGGAAGCCGACCGGCAGAGCUGAUCUGUGAUAAGCCCAGACCCGCGACUCUGUCUGGCAAAGCCGAUAUGCGAACUCUGGAGAUCAGCGGCCGGCUGUAUGCAAAUCUGCAGGAGUUCUGCAAAGCGCACGGGGUGACUCUAUUCGUGACUCUGCUCGCUGCCUUUAGAGCUACGCACUUCCGCCUCACAGGCCAGGAUGAUGCCACCAUUGGCACUGCGAAUGCAAAUCGGGAUCGGUGGGAGGUUAAAGACAUUAUUGGAUUCUUUGUUAACAUGCAGUGUCUUCGGAUCACAAUUCAUGACGAGAGUUUUGAAGAGCUAGUUCAACAGGUCCAUGCUGUAGCGGUUGCAUCGCUUGCUAACCAGGACGUGCCGUUCGAGAGCAUUGUCUCGCAACUCAAGCAGGACAGAGAUCUGUCUCGUCACCCACUCGCCCAGCUUGUCUUUUCGGUGCACUCUCAACAAAACCUGGGACAACUUGUGCUGGAAGGCAUGGAAACAGAAGCCAUGCACGGCGCAGCAACCUCAAGGUUUGACCUUGAGUUCCACUUCUAUCCUCAGACCAAUGGCCUCCAUGGUAACGUUGUCUUCUCAACGGACCUCUAUGCGCCUGAGACAAUUGACAACAUGCUGUCACUCUUCCACAAUGUCCUCCAAGUGUGCCUAAGGGACCCGAAGGCGGUGGUUGCAUCCUUGCCGUUGUUGACCAACAGCGACUUCACCAAGCUCGAUGCGAUGGGACUCGUUCAGGUCAAGCAGACUAAUUACCCGCGCGAGUUGAGCGUUGUUGACCUCUUUCGUCAGCACGUCUCUGCUCAUCCGUCUAGGAUCGCCGUCACAGACACUUCAGCGGAGAUGAGCUAUACUGAGCUGGAUAGGGCAUCAGAGCUUCUUGCUCGAUGGCUGGUACAGCGCUCGUUCGCGCCUGAGAGUCUGGUCGGCGUGCUCGCAAGUCGAAGCUGCCAGACCAUCGUCGCGUUCCUUGGCAUUCUGAAGGCCAACCUAGCAUACCUACCGUUCGACGUCAAAAUACCAGGGAAACGUAUGGAAGCUGUCCUUUCGUCCCUUCCAGGCCAGAGGGUCAUCUUGCUUGGAUCUAACGUACAGCCUCCGGAGGUGAAGCUGAGCAACGUCGAGUUCGUCCGCAUUACCAAGGUCCUGAACGAUCAGGCGAACGAGGAGUCUGCGGUGUAUAGAUUUGCUACGGCGGUCGGGCCAUCAGCUACCAGCCUUGCUUAUGUCAUGUUUACCUCGGGAUCGACCGGCCAGCCCAAGGGGGUUAUGGUAGAGCAUCGCGGCAUUGUGCGUCUGGUUAGAGACAACAACCUCGUACAGCACCUACCAGCAUCGCGAGUCAUGGCUCACAUGACAAAUCUUGCCUUCGACGUCUCAACAUGGGAGAUUUAUGCCUGUCUCCUGAACGGCGGAACGCUCGUCUGCAUUGACGCAAUGGUAGUGCUGGACCCAGAGGCUAUGGUUCAGAUAUUCAAUCAACGCGCCAUUCGGAUGGCCGUGCUCACACCAGCCUUGUUUAGACAGUACACUCUAGAGUCUUCUUCGAUAUUCGCCACGGUUGAAAUGCUUUGUGUGGGGGGUGAAGCAAUGUAUCCGCGGGACUAUUUUGCAGCAGAAAGAACCCUCACUGGUAAGCUUAUUAAUUGCUAUGGUCCGACAGAGAACACAGGUAUCAGCGCGACCUUUGUCCUGCACAAGGAGGAACAGUUCACCAACGGUGUGCCUAUCGGCCGCGCGCUGAGCAACUCGGGCGCCCACGUCAUGGAUCCGGAGAUGCGACUCGUGCCGCUAGGGGUCAUCGGAGAGCUCGUGGUCACGGGUGACGGUCUAGCCCGGGGGUACACUGACCCACAGCGAGACAUUGAUAGGUUUGUUACCGUCACAGUCGCUGGCCGGAGGGUGAGAGCCUAUCGAACAGGUGACUACGUCCGCCAUCGCCCUACAGACGGUCUGCUGGAGUUCUUCGGCCGGAUGGAUGGACAGAUCAAGAUCCGGGGAAACCGUGUUGAGCUAGGAGAGAUUGAGCACAUCCUCCGCAGCCACAGCUCUGUCAGUGAUGCAGUGACUGUGCUGCAACAGCACGAUGACGACGAGGACCGGCUCGCGGGCUUUGUCACCAUUCAUGAAGGCGACGCCCUGGCCGAGGAGCAGGCUGGCGCUGGCCCCGAAUUGCAGCAUGUCGACGCAUGGGAGGAGCAGUUCGAUGCUGAGAUCUACUCUCCAAUCCACAACGUUCGACCCGAGACUAUUGGACGCGAUUUCAUUGGAUGGACGUCUAUGUACGACGGCACGGAUAUAGCCAAGGAGGAGAUGAACGAGUGGCUAGACGACACCAUCACCACGCUGCUCGACGGUCAGGAGCCUGGGCACGUUCUAGAGAUCGGAUCAGGCACCGGCAUGGUCCUAUUCAACGUGCGCAAGGGCCUGCAGAGCUAUGUCGGCCUAGAGCCAUCUCAAAAGGCAGUCGACUUCAUCACAGCAACCGUUAAGUCUAUACCAGCACUGGCAGGAAGGGUGCACAUGUAUAAAGCCACAGCAGCAGACGUUGGCCAUCUAGAACAGUUAAUCGCUGCUAACCUUGUUGUCAUGAACUCAGUUGUGCAGUACUUCCCCAGUCAGGACUAUCUUUUCAAGCUUAUACGAGACCUGCUUGCACUUAACGGCGUACGUACCCUCUUCUUUGGCGACAUCCGGUCGUACGCGCUGUACCGCGAGUUCCUAGCUACCCGAGCGCUACGCAUGGCCGGCGAUAAGGCCACAAAGGCUGACAUUCUACGCAUGAUGGCUGACAUGGAACGAGUCGAGCGGGAGCUGCUGGUUGACCCAGCGUUUUUCACCGCCCUGCCAAGCCGCCUGCCAGGGCUAGUCGAGCACGUCGAGAUCCUGCCCAAGAAGAUGAAAGCAACCAACGAGCUAAGCUGCUAUCGGUACGCAGUUGUGGUCCACGUUAGGACCCAAGGCCAGCAAGCGCAGGACAUUCACUACAUUAAACAAGACAGAUGGAUCAACUUUGCGGAACGCAAACUAGAUCGCCAGUCUCUCCUAGAGCAACUGCACAGUUCCUCUACUGUAUCUCUAGUUGCGGUUAGCAACAUUCCUUACAGCAAGACCAUUGUAAGCCGCUGCCUUGUCGCCUCGCUAGACAAUGCGUCAGCAGAGACAACAGCUCAGCAGGACUGGCUGUCCUCCAUUUACAAGGAAGCGGGACAUGUCCCCGCCCUUUCUGUGACCGACUUAGUUGACCUUGCUAAAGAAACUGGCUACCAGGUUGAGAUCAGCUGGAGUAGGCAGCACUCGCUGAAGGGUGGUCUGGACGCUGUCUUCCACCGGUAUCAGCCCCAGAACGGCGGGAAGCGGGUGAUGUUCCGGUUCCCUAACGAUGAUGCGGAUCGACCGCUGCACAGUCUCACCAGCAGGCCGUUACGGCACCAAUUCCUACAGAAAACCCAACAGCAGUUGCACAGGAUGCUUGAGGACCAGCUGCCUACUUACAUGGUUCCUCGUAGCAUUACUGUCCUUGAGGCAAUGCCGAUCAACCAGAACGGCAAGGUCGACCGCAAGAUGCUCGCGCAACGACAACAAAAAGAAACAUUUCAUCAAGAGAUCGAGCGGCAGCAGGAGCUUUCAAUGGCACAAAGCACGAUGCAGCAAUUGUGGGCUCGCGUGCUGGGCAUCGAGCCGCACAGAAUUGGGCUGAACGACAGCUUCUUCCGCCUAGGUGGGGACUCGAUCGCGGCCAUGAAGCUGGUUGGUGAAGCCCAUCAGGAAGGCAUCCAUCUCACAGUCGCUGAUGUAUUCCGGCGGCCAAACCUUGAGCAUCUCGUUUGUGCUGGUCAGGCCCUCGUGAGUCGGACUACAGAACCGAUACCCCCUUUCUCUCUAAUUUCUCCUGAUGUUAAGCACGCAAUUUUCUCAGGGACUAUCUCUACUAACACGGGUGCACAAUCUCAAACGAUUAUUGACAUCCUUCCCGUUACCUACGCACAAAAAGUCUACAUCACUCAAGGCAUUGAUCUUCCUCGCAUAGCCUUCAAUUACUUUUACAUCGAUAUAGGACCACAGCUAGACGUGGAUCUCCUCAGGCAAAGCUGUCGCAAACUCGUCGACCAUUUCCCGAUUCUGCGCACUCAAUUUGCAUACUUCCAGGGGCAAUGGUGGCAGAUUGUUCUCCAAAACCUCGAGUUGCCUUUCAGUACGUUUGACGUCGAUCGACCCCUCCCAGAGGAAUCGCACGCGAUCUACAUGCGGGAUACCAAUCAGGUAGACCCACUUGGGCUUCCUACAUCAUUUAUGCUUGUGCGUAACAGGUCUAAGGAAAAUCGGCUGAUUGUUCGUCUGUCUCAUGCCCAAUACGACGGUGUUUGUUUUCCAAUGAUUCUGAGAACGCUUGCCUCUAUCUACGAGCAGAAACCCUUGCUUCCUGCUAUAGGCUUUCCAACUUAUCUUGCACAUGCCCGCAAUCAACAGAUCCUGUCCGGUCGUUAUUGGCGCGAGCUUCUUCAAGGCUCGCACCUCACCCGGGCUACUGCUAGACUUCGCCCAGAGACACCAGAGGGAGCUAUUCCUCGUACGAUAUCAGUGGAGAAGUCUAUCUAUGCUCCUUCCCUUCCUGGACACCUGACAAUGGCAUCCCUCGUUAGCUCCGCCUGGGCGAUGGUCCUUUCAAGUAUCACAGGAGAAGAAGAUAUUGUGUACGGACAUGUGGUUGCUGGUCGCAACUCUGAUAUUCCAAAUAUCACGGAAAUAGUUGGGCCUUGCUUGAACAUAAUUCCAGUUAGGGCCUUCACACUUCUUACCAGAACGUCAGAAGAACUCAUCCACUCCGUCCAAGAGCAAUACGUCUCCCUGGGGCAAUCCGAUUCCAUGGGUUGGGACGAUAUCAUCCGGCAAUGUACAGACUGGCCUGCUGGAUCGACGUUUGAUUCGGUGAUUCAGUACCAGAACAUUGCUAUCGAUCCUGAAAUCAAUAUCGCGGGAGCAACCUCGAGGGUUCAGUCGUUCAACAGUCCUUUUGGAGUGUCGCCCCACUUGAGCAUCCUAUCGGAACCACAAGGCAAUAGGUUGAAGAUCAUGGUCACGGGCAAUACUCACAUCAUGGCAGCCGAAAUGGCACUUCCGCUACUCAAUAUGCUGGCUGAAACUAUCAUACAGCUUUCUGCUAACCUUCAAGCACCUCUUGGUUCAUAUAAGCCAUCCCUGCCAGCAUCCAUUUCAAAUGGCAGAUAAUGCACUUGGCGAGAUGUGUCAUGCACCGACUCAAUCGCAUGUCGCAUGUUAGCGCGCACUCUUUUUGUUCCAAACAUAUUUCUUAUGUAUUAACGUUUGUUCCAUAUUGGCUUCGAUUUUGUCUCUCCCCUUAGGAUAACCAUUUGUCUCUUACGGAAUCGUGAGCGAGAGGAAGUAGUUUUAGUUCAGUAUUAAAGUAAAGCAAUGGCGAAGACUAUUGGGACCACACGUGCCAUUCAACCCAGACAGUAAACUAGCAAUGUAG